CGGAAAGCAGCAAUACAGUAUGCCCCAAAACGCAAUCCCCAAAACCCAUUACUCACCCAACGUCGCACAAUUCAUCGACGCACAAAAUGCUGCAUCGCCUAUACGAUUACCUCGUGUGUUGCGGUCGUCGGCGGCGGAGACAAGACGACACUGUUCCCAUCACCCAUCGCUCCGUGGAAGUGGACUACGAGCUGUUGAAUGUUGUGGGCGCCGGCAAAACCUGCCGAGUGUAUCGCGCUCGCGCCAAGCAGGACGCGACGACGAUUGUGGCUGUGAAGGUGAUCCAAACGUCGUACUUGAGCACGCCGAGUCGAGUCCACGCCCUGGAGUGCGAACUGCGUGCGUUGUCGCAGCUGCGAGCCCAACCUCAAGUGCUGACGCUGCUGGCGGUGUACCAGGACGACACCACCGUGGCCCUCGUGACAUCGUACGUUGGCGGAGGCCAACUGGUACCAGCAUUAUGUGCUCGCAAAUCCAUCAACGAACACACGAUACGCACACUCGUGCGCGAGCUUGUGGAGGUGCUCGCAGCAAUGCACAGCCUUGGCAUCACGCACCGCGACCUCAAGCCGGAGAACUUGCUUCUCGAAGAGGCCGACCGGUUGAAAGUCGUGGAUUUCGGCAUUUCGCACAUCGACGACUCCAACCAUCCUCCCAUGGUCGGGCUUUGCGGCACAGGACCGUUCAUGGCCCCCGAAGUGUUCGACACGGACGUCCCGUACACGUCCAAGGUGGACAUCUGGGCGCUUGGCGUGUGCGUGUUUGUGCUGCUCACGGGGCACGUUCCUUUCGAAGCCAAGUUCAUGUCAGCGAUGGAAGACAAGAUCCGAGCAGGCGAGUACACGCUGCCGCCGCACCAGCACGUGUCCGCCACCGCGCGGUCGUUUGUGGCCACGUGCCUCAACACCGUCGCGAGUAACCGGCCGAGUGCAAAGUCUCUGCUUCUUCACCCGUGGCUCGACCUGAACCAAGUGCAAAGUGUGUUUUCCAUUCCGUUUAGCGACGACCACAUGACGUGCUUGCAAUCGUACGCGAAUCCGACCACCGCCCCUCCCUGUAUCCACCAACACCACGAGUAAUAAAUCAAUAUACGACGAUGUAGUACUGUA